GGCGAAGAGUUGGAAGGAGUUGAACUCUAUGUGCAAAUCAAAAAUACCCGCGAACCAGACGAAGAAACAACAGAUCGAGUUUCUUAACCGUAUGUGGACUGCGUUUCUUGACGCCAAAGAGCAGAAAGAUCAAGAGCGACAGUGCGUGCUGCUUCUAAUGUUUAUAGAAGAUUCGAUGACCCUGGGAGUGCAAUCAAGUCCUGAUUUUAAGAGGCGUUUAGAGCAAGCUUUCAAGCGCGCCGAGGUACUGAAAGAUCAACUGAAACUUAGAUACAUAAGGUUAAAGGAGGAAACGAAGAAGGCUGAAGCGGAGUGUCAGAAAGAAGAAGAACUAGCCAGAACAACAACACCGUAUGCUUUCGAUUUAGGGAAAUCUCAGCCUAUGAAGGACACGCAGCUAAGUAGUUCUGGCUCGGGUUCAUCAACGUCAAAUCCUAAUAAAACAGCUCGCUAUGUGCAGCCCAGAGACGUCUACGGUUGGAUGGAAAGCGAAAACAGCGUCUUAUUACUAGACACUCGCUCAAUCAGGAUAUAUAAGUCAUUGCAUAUUAAGACAAUACACAAUUCUCAUAGCGUGAGUGUCCCGGAAGAGGUUCUUACCAAGAACAACCUGGUGUUGAAGGACAUUGACAUGAAUAUCGAGGACGAUGCCAAAGCCUUUUGGGCCAAACGAAAUACAUACAAAUUUGUGGUCAUGUUCGAUCAGAACACAUCGCAGGAUUCGAGCACUGCGUGGCACUCGAACUUCCCCAGACUGGACAGAAUACUCCGAGAGGAUGGUGUCUCAGAUAUAUAUAUAAUGAACGGCGGCUUUCGCGAGUGGUAUAAGUUGUAUCCCACGCAAUGUGACGGUACGAAUCCGACCAUGGCACCGGUCACCAAUAGAGACGCCGCUAAGAUUGAUUACCCGACCGUUGGUACUUUGAAUCAACUGAGUAUGUCCGUGCCUGCCCAUAGCGCCAAAAGCGCCCACCUGUACCCAAUGUUUGGAACAGGCACCAGGCCUAUCUCCGAGUACGAAACUGAUACGGACGAAUCGAGUGAUGAAGAAACUCCGGCUGCAGUGGGAGUCUCUGCCCCCGCCGUCAUCAGAACUAGUAAGCCAUCGCUUCAAGGACCACCGUUGCUGCCCAAACCAACUACGCCCAAAGUCAGUGCUCCUCCGAUACCUGUGUCCGCUAAGCCAAUCACCGCCCCAGCAACCGUGGUGGCGAAGAAACCCAGGCGGCUAAAGACCAAGAAAAUCGGUAUGGUGCUUGCGCUUGGUAUUCUCACGAAUAGCCGAGUUCGGGUGUUCGUAUUAUAUGGACUGACAUAA